UUUAUUUCUCACUUUUUUAAUUAUUAAAAAUGGGAUUUUGUCAUCGCUGCGGUGAAAUAACUCGAGGAAAGUGCGUUAAAUGUGGUGGAAGACCAGUAGAGUCAACUAUAAGCUGUCUGGUAGCUGAAGCAGGAGGAAUGUCCAUAAUAGACAAAUGGCAGUCUCAAUAUGCUGAUACGAUACUUGCGCCAGAAGAAAUAAUCAAAAAAAGCCACUUAAACGCCAAAAGGAUACCCACGGCUCAGUCUGCCUUUUAUACAAACAAGAAAGUGUGCAGUUGCUGUAGUAAGGCAUUGGACUAUACAACCAUAUUAGAGGAUGGCGUUCCCUAUUGUAGACAAUGUCAUCUCAAGUUGUACAAUAAGGGCCAAUGCCCUGCUUGCAAUGAGCCUAUCUCUGAACAUGACUCGUGGAUUGAACAUGCAAACAAUAAGUGGCACAACGCGUGUUUUGUCUGCUUCAAUUGUAAAAAGCCACUGGAAGUAAACCCUCUUGUUGAUCUACAAGAACGCCCUUGCUGUGAGCCCUGCUUUAUGGCACAGGCUGGUAAAGGAAUAAACAGAAAGUCAUCGUACAGCGAUGAUUCUAUCUCUUCACAAUCAAGCCUUUCCUCAAGUGGCUCCACUAGAUCAUCUAUACUCCUUUCAAGAUAUAACCAUUCACGACCACGCCUGGAUAGAGACUUGUUCCAGCCUUCGAUGAGCACGCCUCCUUUAUCACGUAUACCAUCUCCUGAAGACUCCAAGGACCUGCUAUCGAGAAAGAGCCCUUCUCGACCAAAGAUAACGAUACCCAAACCAACUGCUACUUCAACCCCUCUAAACUCACCACCCUCCUCUGUCUCGUCUCCAAUCAUAAAGCCUAUUUCUCAAAGACCAUGCAACUACUGUCAUGAACCUCUUGGCGAUACAGGAAAGAAGCUCAAACUGUCGCUUCCUUCGGGACAGUACGCUUGGUUCCACAAAUCAUGCUUCCUCUGUAGUCGGUGUCACCAGCCGUUUAGUAGUAACGAAUGCGCUACAGAUGGCAAAUCGUUCUAUCAUGCCGAUUGCGGCACAAAGCGUUGCUUUGCUUGUAAAAAACCAGUAACCGACGACUGUUACAAGUUUCAAGACAAAGCGUACCAUUUUGAUUGCUUUAUCUGCCAAGGUGGAUGUGGUCAACAAAUUUCUUUGGGUCAGCCUUUCUUUGAAGUCGACCAAGCCCCUUGCUGUCAGUCCUGUCACGAUACUCGGUCUCAACCCAAGGUUCGUCAGAGAGUGUUACCCAAAUUAGGAGGGCAAAAGACUUGUCCGAAAUGCAAAAAACCCAUCUCUGUCAUGGACGACACCCCAGGUCCGUUGGCAAGUAGAUGGCAUAAAAAAUGUCUAAGAUGCACCAAAUGCUCUAAACAACUGGACUCUGCUGCCAAGGUGUAUACUGGAAGUCAGGGCGAAUCCCUUGUUUAUUGUAGAACUUGUUUGUAAUACGCUCUUUUUAUUAUUUUUAAACGCAAAACUUUUUCGUUCAUUCUUUCAAAUAAAAGCAAUUAU